UCCCCCCCCGCUCCCCCUUCCUCCUUCCUCGCGCUCCUCUCGCGACCCGCCCCACGCCCGCCCUCGACAGCCCGAUGGGCGCCUCGCCCCGGUUCCGGGGCCUUCUAAGACCGGUGGCCGCCUGCGGCGCCGCGCGGGAUGGCGUCGCCGCCGCGGCCGGAGCAGCAGGGUGGCGAGGCUUUCGGCGUGGACGUGGCCCAGGUCUCCAGGCAGCUGUCGUGGGUGCUGCGGAGGGGCGCGCGCCAGUCAGGGGUCCGCAUCGACAAAGAAGGCUGGGUCCAGGUCGCCGACCUCCUGGAAUGCAAGUACUUUGACUCCCUCGCGGAGGAGAAGAUCCUGCACGUGAUAGCCGCAUCCAACAAACAGAAGGAGCGGUAUGAGCUGAGGAGGUCUUCUUGGGGAGCUGGCAAGGACGUCCGCGCAAUAUGGAGGGACGAGGACCCGAUCCUGCGGGGCGACGCCGUCAAGGCUGGCGGCAGGGCCGCGAGGAGGGCUGGCCCGAGCCCGCUGGCCGGCGCCGCGCCGCCGCCGUCGCUGUGCAGCACCUCGUCGGGCGGCGUUAGCGGGGCCUGCAGCAGCGGCAGGUCCGAGUGCAGCUCGGCCCGCGAGCCUCCUGCGCCAAUUGCGUCGCCAGCGGCAGCCGGCAGCGCCCGCGCCGGGUACCAGGCCGCUAGCGCCGAGCCCGCGCCGAGCGCGGCCACCCCAGCGGAGCCGCCCGCCGAGGGGGCCCCGACGGCCAGGGGCGCGCCAGUGGGCGCUGCCUCCGCGCCCGCGAGGGCGGCAGGCCAGGCGCCCGCCUCGCCCCUGAACGCGGGGCGCUGCGCCACGGCGGCGGGGAGCUGCGGCCGCGACGCCAGCACGCGCUGUCCCCCCAGCGGCCCUGCGUCCUCCUCGAGGA